AGCCAUCCUAAUCCACGUCAACACUUAGAGGCCAUCAGUCAAAGCCUCAAAGGCAGGUAACGGCCUUGAGGUCAGUUUAGGUCGUACCUUGGUGAGGGAAAGAGCUACACUUCUCCGACGAAUUAAAGCGUUAUUUUCGUAAUAAUCGUGAAGAAAAAACAUGGUAAAUAAGUGUAGUGUGCCAAGGUGUCGUGGGAAUUAUAAAAAUUCCGAAAAAAACAUUCUUUUACAUUUCCAAGUGGUGAAGAACUUCGGCGGAAAUGGCUCCUUGCUAUCAAAAGAGAGGGAUUCACACCAACCACGCACAGCAGGGUGUGCGAGAUGCAUUUCCAGUCCGGGGACAUCAUUUGGGAAACUUCGCAUUUUGAUGAAAAGACUGGGAAGAAAGUCACUGCAAGAUUUUCAAAGCCUCGAUUACGUUCUGGUGCCGUACCAUCGCUCUUGCCGAAUUGCCCUUCAUAUCUAUCCUCUGCUUCCCAUGUCAGAGAAACUCCAGAAUCGAAGAGAGCGAGGCUUGACGAAAGACAUUUACAAACUGCAAUGGCGGACAGUAUAGCAACCCAUAAGCUAUACAAGGAAGAGAAAUCUUUCAAAAACAUAGAAGAUCUCGUAUCAAAUAAAUUAGACUUUCUAGACACCUCAUACUGGACAGUAGUAAAACGAGAAGGUUAUGUAAACAUCUGUAGGAUUUUGGAUCCCCCUGAACAUCAUAUACUCUUGUCAUUGAUUAUAAAUGAUGAUUGUUCAGUCAGAGCGUUUGCUAGAGGUGUCGAAGUUAAAAAGCUAGGAGAUUAUAAAGUUCCCUCUCAGGUUAAUGACAUUGCUCAGUUAGAAUUGGUAUUGAAUAAACUUAAGGCUGUUGAUAUAGAGCAAAAUUCAAAAGAUUCUCUUAACGUAAUCCUUGUAGUAUUGCAGUUGGUUAUUUCAUUAUUGAGAAACAUUCGUAACGAAGACUCGAAAUUUUUCUCAGCAAUCACAUUCAUAUGUGAGCAGUUGCAUUUGAUGACCCUUAAAAGGCUAGAAUAUUCUUCUGAAUUUGUAAUAUUUUCAUCACUGCUGUAUAACUGUUCGCCUCAAGGGUAUAGACUGUUGAGAGAUAGUAGUUAUAUAAUCCUCCCUAGUUUUUCGACAAUUAAAAGGGUUUUAGUUUCAAAAAACUUCAGUCCAUCCAUUGAACAACAUGACGAAAAUUUUCUUGCCUACAUUAAGCAAAAAUUCAAAUCCCUUUCACCUAACGAUAAAACUGUAAAUCUAUUGUUGGACGAAAUUCAUUUAAAGGCAUAUUUAGAUUAUAAAGGGGGUAGCAUUGUGGGCUCGGCUUUUGACAGCUGUGCAGCAGCAACCAGUGCAAUGGUUUUCAUGUUGAACAGCAUCACGUCAACGUUCAAGGAUGUUGUACAUAUCAUACCCACAAAAUGCAUCAAAGCUGAAACAUUGCAUGCUAUAAUAAGAAAGGUUAUAGUAGGUUUAGAAAACAUCGGUUUCACUGUACUUGUAGUCAUAACGGACAAUAAUUCUAUCAAUAGUAAAGCGAUGUCAUUUUUUGCUAAUCCACCUAAAUUAUCCAUAGUAUACCCACACCCUCUCCACAUAAGUCGACCACUUUUCUUUAUGUUUGAUUCGGUCCAUAUUUUUAAAUGCCUCAGAAAUAAUUGGUUUGGACAAAAAGAUAGUAAUGAGAAAACAAUGAGAUUUCCAAAAUUUUCCUUUACAGGUCGUUAUUAUGAAAAUAAUAUUGAAAUAUAUUAUGCCCCAUUAAUUACCUUGCAAAAGCUGUACUCUUUAGAGGCAAAAUCCCUUUUGAAACAUUCAUAUGGUUUAACACAGAAAGCUUUGUGGCCGUCAAAUCUUGAAAAGCAAAACGUUAAUCUGGUUCUAAAAAUUUUCAAUGAAUAUAUUAUUGAAGCACUUUUGUCAUUUGGAAAGGAAAACUUCUUGCCAUUUUCCGCUGAGGUAGCCCAUUAUAUUAAAGUAAUUCAUACUUGGUGGACGAUAAUGAACGUGAAGUCAAAGUUCAAAGGCAAAAGAUUGAAUAAUCCGUACGCUACACCCUUAACUAAUGAAGAUGGAGAUAAAAAAUACGAAUUUCUGAAAAACUUUGACCUAUGGUUACAAGUUUGGGAUGAUAUUAAAACAGGUAAAGGAAACCUAACAAGAGAGACGUUCACUGCCAUAAAGCAUACAACACAAGCAAUGAUUGGAAUAGCAGAGUACUGUAUUUCGGAAUUAAAAAUGGACUACAUCUUACCAGGAAAAUUUCAAACAGAUAACUUGGAAGCAAGGUUUAGUAAAUAUCGUCAAAUGUCCGGUGGUAAUUAUAAUAUAUCUGUAAGGCAGAUUUUUGAGUCGGAGAAAAAACUCAGAAUGAUUUCCUUGCUUAAAAAAGAGUUAUCUUUGGAUGGAAAGCCUGUUAAAUUAUCUCAGUUUGAUGAGAGUAAAUGGGAUGAAAUGAAACCAAAUGUGCAGGAAAACUUGGCUAUAGACGUAAAUGUUGUAAAAAGAGACUUUGAUGAGUGUGAAGAAGUUCUUCCAAUAAUUGUAUACUUGGCGGGUUAUUGUUGUUACACAGUUGAUAAGAGAUUAAGGUGUAAAUUUCGCAAGGAACUCACUACAGAAAACAAGUGAUGAAGAUUUUCCUCAAAGCCACAAUUACAUAAACGGUGUCAGCAGAGGUUCCCUCCUACAUCCAAGUGCUAGUACUGUAAAUAUUAUCAUGUAUACAUAUUUAGUUAUCAAAAAGCUAACACAAAUGAAAAGUUUUCUAAGCUCUAAAAAUCAUCGAAAUGUGGCUUUGGCAGUAACAUUAAAAGCUAUAGCUAAUGAUGAUGCUGGAUUUGCUAUUGAUACUUGUGACGCAGGACACAUCACAGAUAAAAUUGAAAAAAUGCUUGUGUGGUCUGCCACAAAUUCUCUUUUGAAUAAUUUUUGUCGUAGAGAAAAUGAAUAUCUGGCUUUUAACAAAAGUGAAUGUAAAAAAAGAAAACUGGAAACAUUAACAAAUUAAUUUACUUACAUCUAGUUACUUGUUUUUUUAUUUAUUUUUAUCAUUAUCAUAAUUAGUACUAAUAUCAUCAUCAUUAUUAUUAUGAUCAUUACUAUAAUUUUUAGAAUAAGUUUUUAACAAAACUGAAUGUAAAAUAAGAAAACUGGAAACAUUAACAAAUUAACUUACAUAAAUUUAGUUAUUUGUCGUUUUAUUUAUCUUUAUCAUUAUUAUUAUUGAUAUUAAUAUCAUCAUUAUUAUUAUUAUGAUCAUUACUAUAAUUUUUAGAAUAAGUUUUUAACAAAACUGAAUGUAAAAUAAGAAAACUGGAAACAUUAGCAAAUUGAUUUACAUGAAUUUAGUUGUUUGUCUUUUUAUAUAUAUUUAUCAUUAUCAUAAUUAGUAUUAAUAUCAUCAUCAUUAUUUUUAUGAUCAUUACUAUCAUUUAUAGAAUAAGCAUUGACAUGGAAUCUUGCUGUUCCCUUUCAUUAUCUAUUCAUAACCUGGGUAUCUCUUUAUUGAUUAAAUAGUUAUUUAAUUAUUAUACAUAUGUUUUACUUCCAUCUUUUUAUUGAAAUUUUCAUUAUAAACUUUCUUAUUAAUUUUUGGAAUAACAACCUGAAUGCGCUACUUCACUGUUUUCCGCUUAUCUCCGGGA